UUAAAGUUUACUAUAGAUAAGAAAGCUUCCAUAUACCCAGACUGACAGCAAUUUCCUCUCUGCACCGCCGCCGCCACCUCUCCUCGGCAACGCCUCACCACCAGAUCAAGAUUAAACUGAAAGAAGCAGAAAACCAAGUUAGCAAUGGCUGAUGAGGUUGGGAUAGAACAGCAGAAUUCCCUACAGUCGAUAUGCUACAAACGGGGAUCGCUUCAAUUGCUUGAUCAGAGAAAGCUUCCACUUGAGACCAUAUAUCUGGAUGUCAGAGAUUCAAAAGACGGAUGGGUUGCCAUAAAGGACAUGGUUGUGCGUGGUGCACCAGCCAUUGCCAUAGCUGCUGCUCUCUCCUUGGCUGUGGAAGUUUCCAAUUUAGGGGCAUUUAGUGGGACUCCUAAUGAUGCAGCAUCGUUUCUCAGCAAUAAAUUGGACUAUCUUGUAUCAAGCGUCCCUACAGCUGUGAAUCUUUCAGAUGCUGCAACAAAACUUAAGGAAGUUGUACACAAGGCUACAGCUACUGCUGCUGAUGUACAGACAGUCUAUCAGACUUACAUUGAAGCUGCUGAAAAAAUGCUUGUUGAUGAUGUUGCAUCCAAUAAGUCAAUCGGACACCAUGGAGCUAGUUUAAUUCAAAAGCAGCAGGCAGCUUCUACUAGUCUUUCUGUGUUGACUCACUGCAACACAGGCAGUCUAGCAACAGCUGGAUAUGGAACUGCUCUAGGCGUGAUCCGUGCUCUUCAUGAGAAAGGAGUUUUGGGAAUGGCCUACUGCACGGAAACACGGCCUUUUAAUCAAGGGUCAAGACUGACAGCUUUUGAGUUGGUACAUGACAAUAUUCCUGCUACUCUAGUAGCUGAUUCUGCAGCAGCAGCAUUGAUGAAAGCUGGGCAGGUGAAUGCUGUGGUGGUUGGGGCUGAUCGUGUAGCUGCUAAUGGUGAUACUGCCAAUAAGAUCGGAACAUACAGUCUUGCCCUGUCAGCAAAGCAUCACGGCAUUCCCUUUUAUGUGGCUGCUCCUCUGACUUCCGUGGAUUUGUCCAUUUCUUCUGGGGAAGAAAUUGUUAUAGAAGAAAGGUCAGCAAAAGAACUACUUCAUGCCCGUGGAGGACUGGGAGAACAAGUGGCUGCUUCUGGAAUUUCUGUAUGGAAUCCUGCCUUUGAUGUUACACCAGCUACUGUCAUCACCGGCAUUAUUACAGAGAAGGGAGUCAUCACAAAAGAUGGGAGGGAUUCUUUCAACAUCAAAAGCUUCACAGAAGAAUUGGCAAGCAAGUAAGGAAUGUUGAAUUAGAUGAGGUAUGAUGAUGCUCAAGGAGUCAUGUCCUUCUCCCAACUUACUUGAAAAUAAUGGGUUAACAUUUGAUCAUCUCUAUCCUUAUUAUAUGUGUUAGUGUACAUUCAUAAAUGCUCAUGGUUUGGUUUUCUCUAAUUAAUUAUCAAGUGGAAAUGGGCCUUGAUGGGUUCUCAUAGACAAA